GUCAGCCGUAAAGCAAUGGACUAGAUGACAAUAAUGAUAUGAGAUAACUGAACACUGUAACGGUACUUUACAGAGAUUUCUCAGUCUGAAGCUGUUAAAUCCCGAUAAAGUUUGAUAUUUCCAGUUUGCCAACCUCUCACUCGUCGCCACGUCCAAGCAAAGUGUUUUUAUUUAAUACCCAGUGUCCCUCUGUGAGGCGAGAAAGCGACGAGAGCCAGUGGAAGAAGAAUUGCUUUUAGCCAGUCAUUGCCAUGGCCUCCGAAAGCGGCGAUAGCAACAUGGAUAGAGAAAUGAUUCUGGCCGACUUUCAGGCUUGCACUGGAAUUGACAACAUUGCAGAGGCAAUCACUCUGUUAGAGCUUAAUAACUGGGAUUUAGUGGCAGCCAUCAAUGGAGUGAUACCACAGGAGAAUGGGAUCUUACAAAGUAACUUCUCCGGUGAGGCAAGCCAGGCCAGCAUGUACGGACCUCCAAGCCAUUCAGAAGCAGCCGAUGCAGCAGCCGGAGGUGCAGUUCCUCCUACCUCCUCUUCGUCUUCUUCCUCCUCUCCUCCAUCGUCCUCGACUUCAGCUUUUUGCCCCAGCAACUCCUCCUCCCGACAAAUUGUAGAGCGUCAGCCCAGGAUGCUCAACUUCAGGGUGGAGUACCGGCAGCGCACCGUAGAGCUGGUACUGGAGGAAGGCAGCACAGUCGGCGAAAUCAAACAAAUCCUCGAGACAGAGCUUGCGGUUCCAGUGUCCAAAAUGCAGCUGAAGGGAUGGAAGAGUGGAGAUGUAUCUGAUAGUACGGUGCUGAGAAGUUUACACCUGCCCAAGAACAACAGCCUGUAUGUCCUGACCCCAGACAUCGCCCCUACUGCCAGCACCAGCAAACACAGUGCGCUCCAAGAAUCGUUAAACCAGAACUUCCUGCUGGUCAUCAGCCACCGCGAGGCCCAGAGGGACUACAGUCUCAACUUCCCUGGCUCCAAAACCAUACAGGAGGUGAAGAGGAACAUUUCAGACUUGACCAACAUCCCUGUCCGGCAUCAACAGUGGGAGGGAUGGCCCGCCUCAGCAUCUGAUGACUCCAUGACGCUAGCUGUCUCUGGAAUCAGCUAUCCUUGCCAUCACCUCACUGUUUGUCGAAGGUCUUCACCAGCCAAUUCCCAGGAGCCCACAGAAGAGUGUGCAGAUGUCCAUAUGGUCAGUGACAGCGAGGGGGAUGAUUUUGAGGAUGCAUCAGAGUUUGGUGUGGACGAUUCAGAGAUGUUUGGAAUGGGCUCUUCUACCUGUCGGAAAGCACCUAUGAUGCCAGAAAAUAGUGAGAAUGAAGCUGAUGCCUUACUGCACUUUACUGCCGAAUUUUCUUCAAGGUAUGGAGAGACCCACCCCAUGUUCUACAUUGGGUCUUUGGAGGCAGCAUCUCAAGAAGCCUUUUAUGGCAAAGCCAGAGAUAGAAAGCUGCUGGCCAUCUACCUCCACAAUGAUGACAGUGUCCUCAGCAACGUCUUCUGCUCCCAAAUGAUGUGUGCUGACUCCAUUGUCUCCUACCUGAGCCAAAACUUCAUUACAUGGGCCUGGGAUGUCACUAAAGAAGCUAACAAAGCCAGACUACUCACCAUGUGUACGAGGCACUUUGGCAGUGUGGUGACACAGACUAUACGGACAUACAAGACAGACCAGUUCCCCCUGCUUCUUAUAGUCAUGGGCAAACGCACAUCCAAUGAAGUUCUAAAUGUUAUUCAAGGCAAUACGACAGUGGACGAGCUGAUGAUGAGGUUAAUGGGAGCAAUGGAGAUCUUCACAGCACAACAACAAGAGGACAUAAAAGAUGAGGACGAGCGCGAGGCAAGAGAGACGGUGAAGAGAGAACAGGACGAGGCCUACCGUCUGUCUUUAGAGGCUGACCGUAAAAAGAGAGAAGCCCAAGAGAGAGAAGAGGCCGAGCAGGUUCGCUUGGAACAGAUGAGAAAGGAGCAGGAGGAGGAGAAGGAGGCAAUCCGUUUGUCAUUGGAGCAGGCCCUACCGCCAGAGCCAGAAGAGGAUUCAGCCGAGCCAAUCAGCAAACUGCGAAUCCGCACACCAAGUGGCGAGUUUCUGGAGAGGCGUUUCCUGGGCAGCUGUAAGCUCCAGGUCCUCUUCGACUUUGUGGCCUCCAAGGGAUACCCCUUUGAAGAAUUCAAGCUCCUCACCACCUUCCCUCGUAGAAAUAUCACCCAGUUGGAUCCAGGGUCAACUCUGCUGGAGGCCAAGUUGUUUCCACAGGAGACGCUCUUCCUAGAGGCUAAAGAAUAGGAACUGGCCCUCUAAUAGCUGAGAGGACCGACUGACUGACUGAUGAACUGGCUGGACACACACUAGUCACCGAGCAUGGGCCCUCACCAGUCUGGGCCUACAGUAUACACAUACACAGACACACACACACAAACACAAAACCAUCCUCGCAGACGUACAUGAACACACUGGCAUGCACAUCCAGUGACACACAAGUGCAAGUAAGCUUCUCUGCCCUCGGCCUAGUCGUGGCACAUGAAUGCCUAGUGUACACGUGUUGCACAGAGGAGCAAAGACAGUAUCACAAGCACACAGCCAAACAUUCACCUCCCCCAAAUCUCUCUCUCU